UAAAUGGAUAAACCCAAACCCAUUUCUCGGGUUGGAUAAUUUACAUUCACAGUCUCACACUCAUCUCUGUAAUCAGUAGAGUCAUAUCCAUGGCUUCCUCAAUCUCCCUUCCAUCUCCUCAAACUCCGCUUCUCAAAUCCUCCUUCCUCCCCCAAAACCGCCGCCGCCUCCUUCUCCACCGCCCAUUCCCCCUGCCCGGCCGUCACGCAUCAUCAACCCAUCACGCUUUCCGGCCCUCCGCCGCCUUCGAUUUAGCCCAGCUUCUAGGCGGAAGAGGCCUCUGCAAUGGCGAGCGAGGUGUGGAAGAGGAACUCAAGAGAAACGUCGACGACAAUCCCGUCAUCGCAGAUGGAAAUGAAAUUCCAGAAACCUCCACGAAAUUACCCGUUGAUAGUGUUCCAGAAGAUGGAUUCGAGAAGGAAUUAAUGGGCUUAACCGGUGGAUUUCCCGGCGGAGAGAAAGGAUUAAAAAAAUUCAUAUCGGAAAAUCCUCCUCCUCGGAAACCUUCCGCUUCAAAAUCCGGCGAAAUCGGCUCGAUUUUAAAUACAGAGAAACCAAAGCCGCCGGAUCUUCCACUGUUGCUACCGGGAAUGAUUGCGAUUGUGAAGAAUCCAAACAAUCCGUACUACAUGUAUUGUGGAAUCGUUCAGAGAAUCACAGAUGGAAAAGCUGGGGUUCUUUUUGAAGGAGGAAAUUGGGAUCGAUUGAUAACGUUUAGAUUGGAGGAGCUGGAACGAAGAGAAAAAGGACCGCCGAUGAAGAACCCUAGAUCGGCUGUUCUUGAACCGUUUCUUCAAAAGGAUUCUCAAUGAUGAUAAACAGAUCGGUGAUGGCGAUUUCUUCUUUAUCUUCUUCCUUGUAGUUAUCUCAUCUGUUUGUUCUUCUGGAAUUUCGACUUGGAAAAAUUUGUGAAUAUUUCCAAUCCAAGAAACGCCAUUUUUCAGUUGUUGUUA